CUAAUCCAAUCCUUUCCGGUUGAAAGCCGCAUCCAUUUUGUGUGUGAAUAAGUACCCGCGUAUUUGUAUUCACGAGAAAACUCGAUUAUUUGGACAAUAAAACAAGAUCAAGAUGAAUUCGAUGACCACCUUGAAAAUGAAGCUCAAAGAGCUCGAGGACAUCGAAAAAGAUGUUGCGACAGCACUCCAGAGCGCAGGGCAAGUUUGCCUGGAGCUCAGCAAAGACAAACCCAACGCAAAGCAGGUGGACUCAAAUGCAACCGCCUUUGUCAAGACGCUGCAAAACGUGGAAAACAGCCUCACCAAACAUAUCCUGUAUCUCACCCAGGUGUCCACAGUGCAACCUCACGAAGGCUCGAGCUACGCGGCACAGAAGGUCUUCCACAUGGCACUCCACCGUUUGGAGCAUGCGCGGUCUCGAAUGAACGAACUAGAGCGUCUGCGGCACCAGCAACAGCAGGAGCAGCAGCAGCAACAACAGCAACAACAGCAGCAGCAGCAACAGCAGCAGCAACUUCAGCAACAACAGCUCCAACAGCAGCAGCAACAACAGCAACAGCAGGCGUCGCAUCAGGACUCCUGAAGUCUCCGCCAUGGCCAGAGGACUCAUCCGCCGAUCUCUACGAGGGGGCUAGAUACCGCUUGUUCGAUGGCGCUAAAACCUUGGAAGCUUGCGCGUGUCCCUGAAGACGCCAUUUUAUGUCCAAGUCUGGGACGUAGCCUCAGUAAAGAAGAGCGUGCAGUCGCCGAUUGCAUGUGGGGUGUGCAAUUCGCACCUGCUUUUGUUGCAUAGACUUUUCCCAGUGCAUUCGGCAGAAACGCAGACUACACAAACUAUGAAGGCGUCUGCUUGCGGGGUUCGUGUGGCGCCAAACCGGCGCAGAAGUGACAACUGCGAGCGCAGCAACGUAAAGAAGGAGGAGCAAGGCACGCGGUUGCAAAACUAGAGCGUCGGGCCCAUCAGCGACAAAAAGCCAGUUGCCAUUGUGCAGUGGCCGACUGGCAGUGUAAGUGCCAGUUCAUAGACGAUCUGUUCAUUGCGAUCUGUAAUGGGCGUGACAGACUUUGGUAUUGGGUGGACGUGAACAAAGGUGUUCUAAAUGCUAUACAGUUUAAACGCCUUGGGGAAAUGUCAAAAACAGCCAGUUUUCUUCCUUUCUUAUAUAUAAAUUUAAAACUUUGAGAGAGUUACUAACAAACCCCACAAAUUUUAAGGACCUGUAUAAAUAAAAUUUUUUGGCCUAACGAGC